AUGCUACGCGGGACAGUUUGAGAAUGGACUGUUCCAAGGCUCGGGGGUGCUCCUCUUCCCAGACGGAUCCAGGUGUGUGUACGCGUGUGCGCGUGUGUGUGUACAUCUUCUUUAUUUCAUAUUUUGUUUUUCUUCAUCCCUAGGUAUGAGGGGCAGUUUGCCCAGGGGAAGUUCCAGGGAGCCGGGGUCUUCAGUCGCUUUGAUGGGAUGAAGUUUGAAGGGGAGUUCAAGAGUGGACGUGUGGCGGGAUAUGGUAAGUUUAUCAAACCACAAGUCUCUAAUAGGAGUAACGGUUGCAAAACAAAGACAACCCCUACCCCAUCUAGCUGUUAUUAUUUUUAGUGUUCCAAUCAGCAUCUCAUCCUACAUCUUGUGUCUGUGUUGUCCAGGGUUACUGACGUUUCCAGAUGGGAACCAUGGUGUGCCGCGUAAAGAGGGCCUGUUUGAGAACCACAAGCUGCAGAAGAGGGAGAAGUGCCAAGGGGUGGUACUGCAGGCACAGGGAGCCGCCUCCACCGCCCGCAGUCUGGCUCUAUGACCCUGCAGACACCCCAGACCCCACCAGGACACUAUGAGGAGUGGCUAGCCGUUCAGCAACUGGACUCCUUUUAGAUCCAAAAUGGUGGAACAAUGGGGCUCAACCAUGGCCGGGGUACAAUGUC